AUGUGUUUGACAUAUCUUCUUGCCCAGAGCCGCCGCAAUAACCCAAACUUGCGUGUUUUUGCAGCCACCAUCGAUCACGCCUACAGAGCCAAUUCUGCUCAGGAGGCAACAGCAGUAGGUUCCGUUGUAAGCAAAUGGAACGUUGACCACUUUGUGGGUCGCCUCUCGUACCGCAAUGAUCCCCAAACCAUGAGCAAUUUCGAAGAAGUAGCUAGAACUCUCAGGUAUGAGAAACUACGAGAAAUCUGUGUUGCAAAGGAUAUAGAUACGCUCCUUGUAGCUCACAAUUUCGACGAUUGUCUCGAAACGUUUCUUCAGCGGCUAUUGAUGAACUCUACCAUAUUUGGGUUAGCUGGCCUUACAUCUACCUCUACAAUGCCACUCCCGCCUCAAUCGCCAGAAGAAAAUAUUCAGAUCUUACGGCCACUUCUAAAAUUCUCAAAGAAAGAUAUCAGGGACUUUUGCACAACCAAUAACGUUACGUGGUUUGAAGACGUAUCAAACACUGAUACUCUGCUAACACAACGCAAUAAACUUCGGUACAUGAUCAAUGAAUACGUUCCAGAAAUACAGAGAAGCCGUCCAGAGGUUCUGGCGGUAUCUCGCGAGCAAUUAUCGGCUACUUUGGAACAGAUUCAGGCAUUGGUUGCAAGUUACAAUACUCAAAAACAAAUAUUCGACACAUACGUGAAGCAGCAUUCGUAUGUGUUUAAUACAAAGAAUUGCUCAAUAUCUUUCUCCUUGCCUUCAUCACAAUGGCGCCAAUUUAACAACCCAGUGAUUGCCAAGUGGCUAUAUGAACAGGUUUAUCCUCUAUCGUCUGCCAAAAAUUACCACUGGAGCUAUGCCAAAUUCGAGCGACAGGCCAUGGAGAGGAUUCAGAAGUACAUUUCAUCCGAUGAUGUUGCCCCCUUUCAAUUGAACUACGUAGGGGUCUUGUUUCAGGUCAAGAAGAGAGAUAACGAACUAAUUUUCAAACUAUCAAAACAGCCACCUCUUGCAGAGCAUCGGAAUGCUAAGGUUUUAAUUACAAGUAAAUGGCACUUAUUUGCGAACACCUGGUGGAUUCGACUCGGCGAUAAUUAUGACAAGCCCUAUUUUCUCAGGUGGUACAAUGUACAUUACAAAAAGAAAGUUUUGGAAAAAUUUCCAGAGUUAAAGUCGGGCAAGGAUCUGUUCUACUCGCGUAUUGGAAACGUUCCGAUCCUCGUUGAUGAAUGUGACACAGUGGUUGGUUUACCUACGCACGGACUCUACGACCAACGCGUGGCAGGACAAUGUCGGCCAAAAACUCCUUUGUUUUAA